ACGAGAGGAGGAGGACGGGGAAGAGAGGAGGAGGAGGAGAGAGAGGGGGCAGAAGUUUCCGCUGGUGUUUGUGUGUGGUGAGCUGCGGGGCUCCGUCUGUCCACAGGCAUGUCGCAGCAGGACCGACCCGCCUUCUACCUGCAGGAGCUCAACAAGACCGUGUGGGACGUCCCGGUCCGGUACCAGAACCUGUCCCCGGUGGGCUCCGGCGCCUACGGAUCCGUGUGUUCAGCGUAUGAUGUGAAGACAGGCCUGAAGAUAGCCGUGAAGAAGUUGUCGAGACCCUUCCAGUCCAUCAUCCACGCAAAGAGAACCUACAGAGAGCUGCGGCUGCUCAAACACAUGAAGCACGAGAAUGUGAUCGGCCUAUUAGACGUCUUCACGCCUGCGACGAGCUUAGAGGAGUUCAGUGAUGUGUAUUUGGUGACCCACCUAAUGGGGGCGGACCUCAACAACAUCGUCAAGUGUCAGAAGCUGACGGACGACCACGUCCAGUUCCUCAUCUAUCAGAUCCUCCGAGGCUUGAAGUACAUCCAUUCUGCAGAUAUCAUCCACAGAGACCUGAAGCCCAGUAAUCUGGCUGUGAAUGAGGACUGUGAGCUCAAGAUCCUGGACUUCGGUUUGGCACGGCACACAGACGAUGAGAUGACGGGCUACGUAGCCACGCGAUGGUACCGGGCCCCGGAGAUCAUGCUCAACUGGAUGCACUACAACAUGACAGUGGAUAUCUGGUCAGUUGGCUGCAUCAUGGCUGAACUCCUCACUGGACGGACGCUCUUCCCUGGUACAGACCAUAUAAACCAGCUGCAGCAGAUAAUGCGCCUGACGGGGACACCCCCUGCCUGCCUCAUUAGCAGGAUGCCCAGCCAUGAGGCGAGGAACUACAUUAAUUCACUCCCACACAUGCCUAAGAGGAACUUUGCUGAUGUGUUUAUUGGUGCCAACCCUCUUGCGGUGGACUUGCUUGAGAAGAUGCUGGUUCUGGACACAGACAAGAGGAUCACAGCGUCCGAGGCUCUCGCUCACCCGUACUUUGCUCAGUACCACGAUCCAGAUGACGAGCCUGAAGCGGAGCCUUACGACCAGAGCUUUGAAAGCCGCGAGCUGGAGAUCGAGGAAUGGAAGAAAUUAACCUACGAGGAGGUGGUCAGCUUCUCACCGCCAUCGUUCGACGGAGACGAGAUGGAAUCCUGAGGAGGAAUCGCCUUUUUUUUUUAUUCCAUCUUUUGCUUUCCAACGGACACUCUUUAUGGACUAUCAGUCUAAUGUGAUUAUCCACCACUACCCUCACACACAUCUCGCACAAACAUGACAUUCAAGUGCCUGCCGUCAUUCAUCUCUGGGGGACAUUGCGAUAUCAGGGAUACAACUCCUGGUCAUCCAGCCCCCCACUUUGUCAUUUUUGUUAUCUUGCAUCCCCAAAAUGGUGAGGCAGACUGUUAAAUGUUUGCCUCUGACAUUUGUUGUUUAUAUUGUGCCCUUAAUUGAUUCAAAGAGCUAGAAAUUACAUGUCAGUAUCUUAAAGUAAACGGUAGAAAUUGAACUGCUGAUAUGUUUUUUUAUACAGUUGGACGACUAGGCAGUAAUCUUGGAAUAGUUUCAAACCACAAAGCGUCUAGAGUUAAUAUUUCUCCACAUACUAAAUUAAAUGGUAUUCCUAUCUGUGCAUAGAACUGUGUAAAUAUGACAGCAAACAGUAUUCGUAAAUGAGUACUUCAGGUAAAACAGUAACUAUAUGUGUGUAAUAGUUUUUACUGGCCCCUUUUGACAGUAUGAAUUUUUUAAUUAGAGAUUAGCCAUAAAAAGGCAUAUUAACAGAUACAGUAGGUAAUUUAUUACAGUUGUGUACAGAAUAGUCUAGAAAAUGUAAAAUGUUCAUCUCUCAAUUCAACCCCUUAAUUUUUCUUAUUGUUGGGUUUGAAGACUUUCAGAGUCCAGAACUGAGUUUGGAGAGUAUUUCUCAUUUAAUAUCUUUAUUAUUUCCCUCCCCUUCUCUUCCAUAUACAUUAUUUUAGCUCCUCUGUUCUGUCGUGCCAGAGGACGGUUCCAGCAAUUAGUCACGUACAGGACCACUUGAGCAUGAUAUCGCCACUUGAGGCUCACUAGUUUAUUGCAAUUUUGAUGUUUUCUAUCACAACAUCAACUGACAAUGUAAUUUAAUCAUAUUGCAUUUAUUAAAACACAGUUAUAUUGAUGUAUAUUGAAUGUCGGGGGCACCAGUUUGCCUGUAUUUAUGAUCUUUUCUUAUGCUGUUGUAUAUCGAUGUAAAAGAGAAUAUUAUUUGUCAGAAUCUUAAGGUUCUUUUUAUUAUUUAUGAAGAGCUUGCUGUCUCAGAAACUAAAAGUAUCGUCAGUAAUCUCACAGGUAAAUCAGGCCUUGCUGACUGCACUUACAGUUUGUGCAGCUGAGCCCACAACGACCACGUCAGUUUAGUUGCUACAUAAAAUUUGCUUUAUCUGAUAUAUUCCCUGAAGUACUGCCUUCCAGAAUGAUCCUAUUAUCAAACAAAAUGGCGACGGAAAACCACCAGAAAUCAAAAUAUAAGUUAGUCACGGUAGCAUUUACCAGCCACUAAACUGUGGACUCCUGUUCUGAGGUGUAAAGACAUUGAAUGUGUUUUUUUCUGUGUGGACCAUUUUAUACACCAGACAACACCUACAUGUGACAUACAAAAACUGUAUCCACAGAUGUUCUGGCUAAUCUCAACCGAACAAUAUCAAUGUCUUUACCAUUUAAUUUGCAACUGCUUUCAUGUAACUGUGUUUUCAUGUAGUCUUCUUUUUCCUAAUGUAUUAUUUUAUUUCUUGUGUGUUAAAUCAAGAGUUGAUGUUAUUCUGUAAUUCUGUAUAAUUGGUUGUUUUUCAUUAGCAGUGAGUGCUAGAAGCAUAUUUGUAAUUCAUUUGAAUGAUUUAUUUGGGCACAUGUUUAUGGAAAAGAGUGUACGUUUACUCACUGGAUGCUGAAGGGCAAAGCUGAAGCCUCAUACUCUAUCGUCGAUUAGACACAGUAUUUAUCUCGUCCAUACCCCAGUUAAUUUGGUUAUUAUUGGUUAUAGUUGCUUUGCCUGAAGAUUUGUUCAUAUCUUUUUACAAUGUACUUUAUCACAUGUACCAAGACAGCAGGCCAUGCCACAUGUAAAUACCACCAUUAGAAAAUAAAGACUACUAUUUUUCAAACCUGGAA